AUGGCCCUCGCCCUCACUCCCGUCGAGCGCCUCACGCAUGCGCGCUGCCGCGCCGCGGGCAUUCCCUCCGACAGCCCGGAGUCUGCUGCUCGCCUGCCGCCCUGCGCGACUUGCACUCUCAGUUUCGCGCGGGCUGCCUCCGACUUGGGCGGCCCCGAUGUGGCCGAAGACACUAUCCUCCGGGAGAUUGCGAGCGACUUUUCCUGUUUCGUGAAGCGCGAUGCUUUCCGUGCUACCGCCUCCUGCGAGCAAACCCGCAAGGCUCGUAUCUGCGAUCUGCCCCCUGACCUGGCACCCUUCGGAACCCGGCUCUUUGCGUCCUGGGAGUUAGCCGAGUUUGAUGACUGCGACGCAGAGGAGACGGCCACCCAGAAGCAGGCUCUCAUUACUGCCGCUGCCGACCUUUGGGAGGCGUAUUCCGAAUACCACAUUAAGCACAAUGAUCUUUCGGACAAUCCCACGCCCAAGGCUGUCCUGACUUGGACUACCGGCAAGCUCACCACUGAGGGUUGGCGCGUCCCUGCGCACCUUGCUCGCUUGCACAAGGCGGCCUUGAUGCCCUCCCUCGGCCUCGCUGCUGACGAUGCUCCCGGUACUCCCGACGCCCCUGAUGCCCCCGCCCCGGUUUCUGGCGUUGCCGACAUUAAUACCCUCAUUUUCCGCAACCUCCUCGCUACUCGCCUUGCUGGCAUCGAGAACAAGAUUGGCGAGAUGAAUACUACCAUCACCUCCUCUUCCCAGGAUCAAGCGGCGUUCUUCACGAACAUGGUUGCGUCUGUUCGGGACUUAACCUUAGAUGUUAAGAAAGAGAUGUCUGAGAUGGCCGCUGCCCUCCGUGUCCUGCAGGGCAAAGUAGAGGCGCUUUGCGAGGCUCAGGCGGAGGCUACUGAUACGUCUAUGGCGGAGGCUGCUGAUUCUACCGGUGAGAAGUGA